AUGAACGGAGGCGAUCUUAAGUUCCAUAUACAUAACAUGGGCAGUGCCGCAGGAUUCCCAGAGAGUCGCGCUCGUUUCUACACUGCAGAAAUCACUUUGGGUCUGGAACACCUGCAUUCCUUGCGUAUUGUAUAUAGGGACCUCAAACCUGAAAAUAUCCUCAUAGACGACCAUGGUCAUCUUCGCAUAUCAGAUCUCGGUCUUGCAGUGGAAAUUGACCAACAUUCCACUCUCAAAGGCAGAGUUGGAACUGCCGGUUACAUGGGUAAGCGUAAUAUCCACAAUUUUUCACAAACUGCACUACCUGUCGUCCUGGUUGUCGCUACUGCAUCUCACUUCGACAACGACAUCGACGAAAGCAGAAAUGUGCAGCCUGUUCAAUUUUUGUUGUGCACCUAA